AGCACGCCCUCGGACAAGAUCGUGCUCAUCCUCGUCGGCCUGCCCGCGCGCGGCAAGACGUUCGUCGCGCGCAAGGUGCACCGCUACCUCGAGUUCUUCCACGCGGUCAACGUGCGGCUCUUCAACAUCGGCAACUACCGGCGCAAGCUCCUCGGGGACCACCACCCGGCGGAGUGGUUCGACCCGAAGAACGAGACGGGCGCGCGCGAGCGCAAGCUCGCGACGGACGCGGCGCUCGGCGACCUCAGCGCGUGGCUCGCGGAGGAGAACGACGGCCGCGUCGCCAUCCUCGACGGGACCCACUCGACGCUGGCCAAGCGCAACUACGCCUACGACAAACUGCGCAAGCUCGACUGCAAGGUCAUCUUCCUCGAGUCCAUCUGCUCGGACCGCGACGUCGUCGAGCGCAACAUCGUCUCCUGCAAGCUCGGCACGCCGGACUACGUGGGCAUGUCCGAGCGCGACGCCGUCGAGGACUUCCGGCGGCGCGUCGCCCAGUACGAGUCCAACUACGAGACCAUCGACGCGGACUGCCUCGACGGCGCCGAGAGCAACCGGAGCUGGAUCAAGAUCAUCGACUGCCGCCGCUUCGUCAUCAACAACAUCCGGGGCUACAUGCCCGGCCGCCUCGUCCAGUUCCUCAGCCACCUCCACAUGGAGCCCCACGUCUUCUACUUCAGCCGCCACGGCCAGUCGGAGUACAACGUGCUCGGCAAGAUCGGCGGCGACAGCGGCCUCUCGGCCGCGGGCGACGCCUACGCGAAGAAGCUCGCGGAGUUCUGCGUCUCCGAGGUCACGAAGGCGCCCGACGGCUCCGAGCGGCCCGCGCGCCUCUGGACACGCACAUCGACUACGAGGGCGACGACGUCGGCCACGCGCAGGAGUGGGUCCAGCUCCGGAUCCCUCGCGUGGUCGAACCUGGACGAGAUCUUCGCGGGCGUCUGCGACGGCAUGACCUACGCGGAGAUCGAGGAGCACUACCCCGAGGAGUUCAAGCGGCGCCAGGACGACAAGCUCGCCUACCGCUACCCGCGCGGCGAGUCGUACCUCGACAUGAUCCACCGCCUCGACACGAUGGUCCACGAGAUGGAGCGCCACCGCGAGCCGCUCCUCAUCGUCGCGCACCAGGGCAUCCUCCGCCUCCUCUACGCCUACCUCAUGGGCCUCUCCCGCGAGGAGGCGCCCUACGUCUCCAUCCCCCUGAACACGGUCAUCCGCCUCCAGCCCAAGACCUACAGCUGCGACGAGGAGCGCUUC